AGUGGAGAAGUGGAGAAGAGGAGAAGGGAGAGGAAGACACAUCAGUUUGCUGGUGGGUGACGCGUUCCCUCGUUGGCGGUCAAGUGAAAUUUAUUGCAUUGCACAAAUGAGACAACAACAACAGCAACAACAACACAAGGCAAACUAAAACGCAAGGCAAACAGCUGCAAAAAAAAAAAAAGAGAAGAGAGAAAACAGAAAAACUAAAAAGGAGAAGGAAAAAACACACUGCUGCGUGCCCCAAAUUGUAGCAAAAAAGAAAAAUAACCGAAAAUUCCGCAACAAAUUGAAAAAUUAAAGUUUUACCAACACGACGAAAGAAAAGUUGGCCAAGAAAAAGCGAGCAAAAGUGUUACAAACAGAGCGAGAGAGCGAAAGAGAAACCAAAAUAAGUACACAGAAGAAGAGGAGAAGAGAACGCACAACGGAACACAUUAAUGCAACAAAAUGGGUGCAACUUUGAAUAGACGACGCCGGCGUGGCCAAAGCUUCGUUGCUGCUGUUGCUGCCCCACCUCGUUGCUGCACGUUGUGGAACCUGCUGCUGCUUCCUUUGGCAUUGGCAAUCCUGCUCUCGAGUGGCACUGUUCAGAGCCUGACAAUGACUGAGAUUCGCAUACCGAAGCACAUCAUGAGACAUGAGGAUGCCGUGUUGGGCUGUAAAUUCGAUUUAGAUGGCGAGUCGCUCUACUCCGUGAAAUGGUAUAAAGAUGGCUUCGAAUUCUAUCGCUAUGUGCCACGUGAUAUGCCACCUGGACAGGUGUUUCCGUUGCCCGGCGUCGAUGUCGAGUUGCAAAACUCGACGGACAUUGCCGUCGUUCUGCGCUCGGUGAGCCUACAGUCGACGGGUCGUUAUCGGUGCGAAGUGUCCGGCGAGGCGCCUUCGUUCCAGACAGUUUCCGGUCAUGAGGACAUGAUUGUUGUGGUUACACCCAAGCAUGGACCACAAAUCACCGGCGGUCAACCUCGAUACCAAAUUGGCGACAUGGUGCGCGUCAAUUGCACUUCGGCGGCAUCGAAGCCGGUCUGCCAUCUCAGCUGGCUGAUUAACGGUAUGCACGCCAAUCGCUCGCUGCUGCGACCCUAUGAACCCAAAGUUGUUGGACGCGAGGGUCUCGAAGUGGCGCGCCUUGGCCUCGAGUUUCGUGUGCGCGGAUGACAUUUCAAGCAUGGCGACAUGAAGUUGAAGUGUGUCGCCAAAAUCUCCUCUGUGUACUGGCAAAGCAACGAGGAGAGCGUCGAGAGUGACAAGCAUCAGCGCAUUCCUGUGCUCGAGUCAAGGGAAACAGUGAGACAGCUGGACAAAUCAGCGGAAGACAAGCAACUCAAGAAGAGUCGUCGUCCUGCGGCCGCAACAUCUGCAGCUGCAGCAGCGGCAGCAGCAGCUGCUGCAUCGAGUGCGUCCGCAGCUGUGUUCAUGAGCUGGUCACGCAUAUUAGCGACAUCGUCGGAGUCCAUUGCACGCAUUUCGCUGUACGCGCUGCCCGUCUUAAUAGCAUUUCUGUGUAAUGCUCGCGCCAGUCUCUGCGCUAAGCUGGCGACAACAGCCACAAGCAAAGAGGAGGCAAACAGCUGCCAGCAUGGCCAACAUGACCGCCGCCUGUUGGCCCAAUUAAGCGACGACUCCACGCCGUGCAGAUAACAAUUAACGAAGAUGUAUGGCCAACACCACAACCACCAACAGCAAGCAACCAGGCAACGCCAAACUCAUUAAAUCUCUGUAAAUAUAUUUCAACUUUGCCAAUGCAAGAAAAGUAUCCCGGAGUAAAACACACAUUAAGUAUACGCUGCUUAGCUAAAAUGUACAUAUAU